UAACAGCUAAUAUCGAAGAGAAACUUAUGAUAUGGAUCAAACUGGAUGGCCUGCCCCGAUCCAACCAGGAGCUCCGAAACAAAGCAAUACUGUUUUGUCAAAACACCCCAGGCACUUCAAAUUUGAGGAAAAUAAUCAAAUCCACAACGAAACUGGAAAUAUUUAAGCAGAGGCAUGGUUUAAAGUUCGAUGGAAUUAACCCCAGGCCGUUAAAGCCCAAAAUUUUGCAAACCUCGAUAAUAACAGCGCCCUUACCACCUUUAGCGCCACUGUAUCCUAUGGCCAAAAGCGACACGGAAAACGCAAGCGACAAUGAAUUUAGGGAAGGGUCGGCCAAAGCUGGCAUAAACUUAGGAACGCAGGAAACACUGUCCCCGUGCCUGUGGACACCGCCGAACUCUAACUCUGGAGAAACGUUUGUUGGCGUGGGGCCUGGCUUGCCAGGUUUGGCAACGCAUGGAGGUGCAGAAAAGGCUAUUGACACGCCUGCUAAAUUCUGUUAAAACGAAGGCUGUUAACCCCGAAAACUAUGACGCUAUCAUUGGCUUGGCCUGAAAAUGGGAUUAAAAAGCAGUAAACGGGGCCAAUUUCGUCAACAUAUUUUUAUAUGGCUGGCUUUCUACAUUGCAAUAUCGUUUAACGUCUUUCAAAUCGUUUGGCUCUAUGUUUUAUUUAUUAUUAUAUAUUUUAAGCAUUCCUUCCAAUAAACUAUACUAUAACACCCUUUUUAAAAGAUGUAGGUUUCUCACGUCCUUUACACGAGAAAAUGCAACAUACAGCUCGCUACGUGUUGGCGCUACCCGCGAGUCAAAUCCGAC